AUGACCAAAUAUCAAAUCACCGAAAACCAAUUAAGAAAUUUAAUAAAUGUACAAACCAUCACCAAUAGUGGCUGUAAAAUUGGCUUUAGAGAAGGUAAACCUUUUGCCGGUAAAGAAGGUCACGAAAAUUGUUCUGCUUGUUUAGGAAAUUAUUAUAAUGGUGGUGCUUGUAAUUAUAAUACAACCCAUACUUUUGAAGAUGAUUUGUCCCGUAUUACCCAGAAUUUUGCCAUAAUGGAUAAUUUAUACCAAGCCCAUUGUCAAUUAAAAGAAAUUACUGAGCAAGAAUUAUUUACUGAGCGACAGGAAGAAUUAUAUAAAGUUGUUGGGUCGGCUAUGGAACAUUGCACCAAUCCGGGCUAUUUUUUUUCUUAUACUUGUCCGGGAAUACAUAGAGUUCCAAUGGAAUUUCGCAGCACUUUUACCCAAAAAUUAGACCAAUUAAAUAAAGGUCUCGCUAAAUAUUUAAAGCAAAUAGAGCAAAUAACUCCUGAGAAUAUAAAAACUUUUACGGCUUGGUUAAAGAAAAUUAAGCAAUUAGAAAAAGAAAAUGAACAAAAAGCUGAGGAGUAUAAUCGUCUCAGUAUUAAUUUAACUAAUGCUCCACGAGCUAAACAAUUAAAAAAAGAAAUGGCGGAUAAUGAAGAGCAAAUUAGAAUGACGAUUGAUAAAUUAGAUACCCAUCCCGCUUUUCCCUUAUUUGAUACUGAAAAUGAAGAGAUUUUAAAAAAUACUAAAAAAGCCUUAGUCGAAGAUUCCCCGAAUAAUUUUUGGGCUGGUUUAGGUAAAGCCAAAGGGCAAGAGGAAAUUAAAAAUCUAAAAGCAAAUAAAACUAAAACUGAACCAGAAAAAGUUGAAGAUUUAAAAAAAAUGAUGGCCGAAGUAGAAGCCAAGAAUAGAGAAAAUAUGAAGGAAGUAAAUAAGUAUGUUGAACAAGUGCAAAAUGAAUCGCUUGCCAACGGAAAACGAUUACAAGAUGCGAUAAAUAGAAAUGAUAAACGAGCCGAAGCAAUUUUAUUAGCAAAACAUGACAAAUUACAAGAAGAAUUAGGUAAUGCUCUUUUAGAAAGAGAAAAUGUACCCGGUCAAAAAGAUUUUAAGGAGUAUCUCGAAUUAUUAAAAAAAGAAGAGGGAUCUUUUUGGGAAAAUAUUAAUAUUGAUUGA